AUGCUAGGCUGGCGUCGUCUAAUCUUCAUCUUGCUGGGCGGGACCGUCACCUGCUUGGUUGCGCAGCAGGUGCCACCGUGGACCGAAGACUGCAGAAAAUCAACCUAUCCUCCUUCUGGGCCCACUUACCGGGGUCCGGUUCCGUGGUUCACCAUAAAUCUCGAUUUACCACCGUACAAAAGAUGGCAUGAAUUGAUGGUGGUCAAAGCACCAGCGCUGAAAGUUAUAGUGAAUUCCAUGAAGAAUAUAAUAAAUGCAUUUGUGCCAAGUGGAAAAAUUGUACAGUUAGUGGAUCAAAAGUUGCCUGGUCUGCUUGGCAACUUGCCUGGCCCUUUCGAGGAGGAAUUAAAGGGAAUUGCAGCUGUUACUGAAAUCCCUUUAGGAGAGAUUAUUUUAUUCAAUAUUUUCUAUGAAUUUUUUACCAUUUGUACUUCAAUAAUAACAGAAGACAAAGAAGGUCAUCUACUACAUGGGCGAAACAUGGAUUUUGGAUUAUUUCUUGGGUGGAAUAUAAAUAAUGAUACUUGGGUCGUAACUGAGGAACUAAAACCUUUAACAGUGAAUUUGGACUUCCAAAGGAGCAAUAAAACUCUCUUCAAGGCAACAGCCUUUGCUGGCUAUGUGGGCAUGUUAACAGGAUUCAAACCAGGAUUGUUUAGUGUUACACUCAAUGAACGCUUCAGUAUGGAUGGUGGUUUUAUGGGUGUCAUAGAAUGGAUUUUGGGAAAGAAAGAUGCCCAGUGGAUAGGGUUUAUCAUUAGAUCAGUUCUAGAAAAUAGCACAAGUUAUGAAGAAACCAAGAAUAUAUUGACCAAAACCAAGAUAUUGGCCCCAGCAUACUUUAUCCUGGGAGGCAACCAGUCUGGGGAGGGUUGUGUGAUUACACGAGACAGAACACAGUCUCUGGAUGUAUAUGAACUCGACCCCAAGCAGGGUAGAUGGUAUGUGGUACAAACAAAUUAUGACCGAUGGAAAAACCCCUUCUUCCUUGAUGAUCGCAGAACACCUGCAAAGAUGUGUCUGAACCAGACAACCCAAGAGAAUAUCUCAUUUGCAACCAUGUAUGAUGUCUUGUCAACAAAACCUGUCCUCAACAAGCUGACGGUAUACACAGUCUUGAUAGAUGUUACCAAAGGUCAGUUUGAGACGUACCUGCGGGACUGCCCAGACCCCUGCAUCGGGUGGUGA